AUGUCUUCUUCUCUCCCAUUAUUUGAUUUAACUGAAUGCCUUGCAAAUUCUGAUGGAUGGGGUCCAGGACCUGUUAAAGAAUCAGCUGUGCUUGCGCCAUUUGAGGGACUUCCAUAUCAGCCUUUUAAUAAAUGUGAUCGAAUUGGGCGGAUUGUUGAUUGGUUGGGUGUAGAUCGCUACAAAAAGAGUGAAAUGCGUGAUCGUUAUAAUGAGCGUCUCUAUGGUUCUUCUGCAACUGCGGGUGCUCAGUUCGAUUAUAUACAUGAUAAUGAAGAUGCCAAUUUCCAAUUGGUUGAUUCGGGCCGAGUCCAGCGACCGCAAAGACCUGUCUAUAGACGGCAAUUCCAAUUCUUAAAUCGAAAGCUGGCCCAACGUGAACAGGAACGUCGUGAAUAUGACAAAUAUAAUGUGCCAAACAAAAUGAAACGUAGUAUUAUGAAAGAACAACAAAAGGCUUAUAAAGUUUUUCUUCGACGUGGUGGAGGUACUCGUGGUGCUCAACAACGUACAACUCGUCGUUACAAUGAAAGACAACCAGGAAAGGGGCGCCAACCAUCUGUUCAAGUCCGACCUGAUUGGGAGGUCAUCAAAGAAUUAGAUUUCCAACAGCUUAACAAACUCUCCCUACCAAAUGUGGAACCGGGAAAGGAUAUUGAGGGUCAUAGUUAUGGAGUACUUCAUUUUUAUGAUAAACUGGCUGAUAGAAUUAGUGUCAAUAAAGCUGUUCCACUUCAACGCUUUAAUGGAACCUACUGUCAUAUAACUACUACUGAAGAUCCUAUCAUUCAUAAGUUGGCAUCCUCUGACUCUGAUGUUGGAAAUGUUUUUGCUACUGAUAUAAUUUUGGCAACGCUUAUGACUUGUACACGGUCGGUUAAUAGUUGGGACAUUAUUGCUCGUCGGAUUGGCAACAAAUUGUUUUUCGACAAAAGAUCGGUAACCGGUGUUUCGCCAAUUGAUGCUCUUUGGGUCAGUGAAACAGCGAUGGAACCUCCUAGCUGGGAUGGGCCCGGCGUCAACAACGCUAAAACACUGGCCGACGAAGCUUUAUUAUUGAAUCAAAAUUUUCGUCGACAGUUCCUUAAACGAGAUAGUCAACAUGUCUUUAAAUUUGAAAACGAAAAAGUUCCAUUCGAAGAAGUGGAAAGCGACAUAGCUUAUAAAUAUAGAACAUGGAAUUUGGGUACAACUCGUGAUGGGGUGCCAAUUAAAUUGGUAGCACGUACUGAACAUGAUGCUGUUAUGCAGGGAAGCGCUGGUGAAGUAGUGAAGUUGACUAUCAAAGCUUUUAAUGAAUGGGAUAGCUCACAAAGUGGAGGUGAAGAUUGGCGUUCGAAACUUGAAAUUCAACGUGGAACUGUUCUUGCGACUGAAGUAAGGAAUAAUAACUGCAAAGUAGCAAAAUGGACUUUGCAAGCUAUUCUGGCAGGCUCUGAUUUCCUAAAAUUUGGUUUUGUAAGUCGUGCAAAUGUCCGAAACAGUACACAACAUCUUGUCUUUGGCACCCAACAAUACGAACCAUCGAAAUUCGCCUCUGGUCUUCCUUCUUUGAAUAUGCAAUUAUGCUGGGGUAUUUUAAGGGCAAUAAUUGAUUUCUUUAUGGAACGUCCAGCAGGAAAAUAUUUACUUAUGAAAGACCCACAUCAGCAAGUUGUGCGUAUUUACUCGCUUCCGGAACUUGAUUCAAGCGAGGAUGAAGAGGGGAGUGGUUCAUCGGGGGAUGAAGCUGAUUAA